UCUAGUUGCAGUGUGUUUUCUUCUCCAGGAUCGGGACCAUGGCUGUUGACUGGAUUGGUUUUGCGUACGCUGCCUUGCUGGCUGUUGGAGGUGUUAUGGGAUACACUCGGAAAGGUAGUAAAAUCUCUUUAGCUGCUGGUCUCACCUUUGGUUCUGUGACUGCUUAYGGUGCUUACUGUGUAACGCGUGAUCCAAGAAACGUGAAGAUAUCAUUGUUUUCAGCUUUUCUUUUGACCAUUAUAAUGGGAAUGAGGUUCAAGAGGUCCAAGAAAUUAAUGCCAGCCGGACUAGUAGCAUGCCUGAGUCUUUUGAUGAUUUUGAGGCUUGUUUUUAUGCUGCUGUAGGAAGUCAGUAGCUUAAGAACUGGAGUAUGACUGUCAUGCCCCCCUGGCAAACAGCCAGGCUUCCCACACUUAAAAGAUAAGUUUGAACACAAGUCUAAUUUUGCAUUUAUCUUUUCUGUCAAAUAUCUGUAUGUGAAAUUCAGUUUUGGCAUCUGCAGAUAUUUUGUCAGCUUUAAAAAAAAAAAAAAGACAAAAACUGGUGUUUUGUUGAUGAUGUAGUUUGAUCUACUUCUCUACAAGCCAUCUGUUAACUCAAGGGAUCYUAUAAGCCAGAUUGUUUUCAGAGGUGCAGAGCACCUCGAAAUUGAGUUAGCAGUGCACUGUAUUUUUUAAAAAGAAAAACAUAUGUACAUAUAUCAUUAUGUGGAGUGUUGUGUUGAACAUUAAUUUUGUAGCUUGUAAGAUUAAGUAAUUGAUUCUAUUAAUAACAUCACAUACUUCUCAGUAAAGGCACGUGCCUGUACUCUGUUGCCCUGGAAAACAGACCUUCCUUUCAAACCCAGCUACCUUUUUCCAUGGGUCCAAAUGUAAAAACUGUAAUCAGUGUUCAA